AUGACCGUUGAAAAUACUCAGACUGUUUCUUCCAACCCAGCUCCCGGCAUGAGGACAUUGACGAAGGAGCAAAUUGAAUUUUUUCAGACCAACGGAUAUGUCGUUCUAAAUAAUUGUUUUAGUAGGGAGCAAGCAGCAUAUUGGCUGAAGGACGUUUGGGUUCGUCUUAAUCUCAAUCCCAAUGACAAAUCCACUUGGCACAAUAGGGAAGCCAAAGAAGACACAUUUGGUGCAAAAGUUCAUAUGCCCGCCCAGCGUAGAGUAUUAGUCAAAGACUUUGCACCCAAGGCCUGGGGUGCAGUUUUGGACCUGGUUGGCGACGAUGAGGAUAACAUUGUCGAACGAACCAAGUACUGGGGUGACAAUUUUAUUGUUAAUCUUGGGCAUAAGGAGUAUGACGAAAGUAGACCAGGUAUGAAUAACCCCAAAGAGCUUCCAAACUGGCAUGUAGACGGAGACUUCUUCCGUCAUUUCUUGACAUCAGGGGAACAGGGUCUUCUUAUUACACCCAUCUGGAGCGAUGAAAUAAAGCAUCGUGGCGGAGCAACUUAUGUAGCCCCUGACUCAAUUGGUAUAGUUGCAAAGUAUCUUUAUGAUCAUCCCGAAGGCGUUAUGCCAGGGUUUGAUAAUUUUGAUUACCGGGGUUUGGCUGAUCAAUGUAAUAAAUUUGUCGAGUGCGUUGGAAAUGUUGGAGACGUUGUAAUCUGUCACCCGUUUAUGCUACAUUCGGCGUCCUAUAAUGUCAUAAGAGUCCCUCGCUUUAUUACAAAUCCACCCAUUAGCUUGAAGACGCCUUUCAAGUACGACAAGCCUGAAUCAGAGCUGAGUAUUGUUGAAAAAACUACUCUUAAAGCCUUAGGAAAGAAAUCUCUCUCUUAUGAAAUUACAGGGACCAUGGAGACCUUUCCAAGUAAACGUGCUGACAUGUGGUCACGAGUCAAAAGUGAAGAGCUUGAGAGACUAAGAAGUUAUGGGACAGCUGACGCAUUUGAGUCCUUUUAG